GUGGGAAAGAUGGCGGAGCGCAAGGAAGGGGUCACCGUGCAGCUUCACCGGGAGGCCGCCGAUAUUGAAGACGACUCAGUGAAACCACAAUCAGCAUCUGAAGACCAGAAGCUGACCGUCGAUGAUGUCACUUUGAGUAAAGUGAAGGCAGAGGACAGUCAAGGACAAACACUUGCCUCCACAACAUCAGAGAGACACGCGUCCAUCCAGGCUACACUAGAAGGCCUGGAGACACUAGUGGACUUGAAUGGAGCUGGUAGGAAAUCUUGCCCAUUAUGUCCAGAGGAGAAGUUCAAGGCCUGUUACAGCCACAAACUGAGACGUCACCUACAGAACCUUCACUGGAAAGUUUAUGUGGAAUUUGAAGGUCAGAGGAUGUGUAUCUGUCACCUGGCCUGCAGACAGAUGAGGGCCAGUCUCGGCAUAGACCAGGCUCAAGCCCGGCUGGUAGCUCACUACCAUUGUGUAGUGUGCUCGGUCACUAUUGCUCGAAAGACCGACAUGAUCAGCCACCUGAAACGCCAUAUCAACAAGGGUGAGACCGAGGCCAGCUAUUCAGGCACCUCCGACGUUCUGUACGAGGAGCCAGUCCCAGGUGGUCAGACCUAUGAGAUCAUGAAAGAACUUGGCACCAAUGUGCAACUGAUGCCCAACCACAACACACCCCAGAAAACAGACACCUACUUCAACCGCAAGAUGAAGACCAACCGGCAGCUUGUAUUUUGCUCACUCGCAGUCCUCGCAGAGGAAAGGAGUCCGCUGGAAUGUCUGGAUGCAUUCGGAGCUACAGGCAUUAUGGGUCUGCAGUGGGCCAAGCACCUGCGCAGUGCUGUUAAAGUGACGAUCAACGACAUCAACGAGGCCUGCGUGAAGAUGAUCAAGGAGAACUGCUGCCUCAACCACAUCCGGGGGGAGGGCGGCCGUAUCCCACGGCAACAGGAGGCGCCAGCAGAGGGCGAAGCCCCCAUCACCACGGUGGAGGUGACCAAGAUGGACGCCAAUGUCAUCAUGCACCUGAGACCCUUUGACUACAUACACCUGGACCCGUUCGGCACUGCUGUGAACUACCUGGACGCCGCGUUCCGUAACGUACGCAACUUGGGCAUCGUCUCGGUGACGUCGACGGAUACGGGCUCGCUCUAUUCCAAAUCCCUGAACGUCACGCUGCGCCAUUACGGCUGUCAGAUCGUGAGGACGGAGUACUACAGAGAGCUGGCAGCACGCGUGGUGACUGCCGCCAUAGCCAGGGCUGCAGCGCGCUGCAAUAAAGGCGUGGAGGUGCUGCUGGCCGUGGCGUUGGAGCACUUUGUGCUGGUGGUGGUCCGGGUUCUGCGUGGGCCCACGCAGGCUGACGAGACGGCCAAGAAGCUGCAGCAGCUACUGCACUGCCAGUGGUGCGAGGAGAGGGUUUUCCUCCACCCUGGCAACAUGGUGGAGGAGAACCUGUACAGACAGCUACCCUGUCAGUGCCACAGCGGCAUGCCAGGCAAGACGGCGGUGGAGCUCGGCCCUCUCUGGUCGGGGUCCCUCUUCAACACUGGGUUCCUCAGGCGGAUGCUGGUGGCGGCUGUGCAGCACAGCAUGGAUGACGUCCAGCCGCUGGUGAAGACACUCAUCUGUGAGGCCGACUGCACCACACUUAAGUCCUUCUCUGUCACUGGCCACUCGCUUCUCACCAACCAGGUGGAGUGUGGCGUGGUCAUCAAAACCCUACAGAAGGUGGAGGAAGCGGACACCGUUGACCAGUCAGGCAAGAGGAAGACUGCGGAGGAGGGGGGCACACUGGUGAAGAAGCUGAGGUCCGAGGCCUCGCUGGAGCACCCCGCGUUCUACUACAGCAUCCAUCGCCACAGCAUCCGCGGCAUGAAUAUGCCCAAGCUGAAUAAGUUCUUACAGUACCUGAGUGAGGCGGGAUUCCGUGUCAGCCGAACGCACUUCGACCCGACAGGCGUUCGCACCGACGCCACACUGGAGCAGUUCAAAUCCGUUCUUACCAAAUAUAGUGUGCCCACGUACUCCACAGCGACCUCCACCGGUAGUGUAGGGCAUGGCAUCACCGCGGAGGAAACGGGCCGCAAAACGGACUAAUCCGGACAGGAGCGAACGAAUGAACAGCAACGCGUGCAUGCGUUUCUGGAGGUGCGCACUCUCUGCUGACUGUGAUGUUUUAUAUUAUGCCAGGCUGUUAAUUCUUACUGCACUGAGACUUUACCCCCUUGAAGACUCUUGCCACUGGGGCAUUUUCAUGUGACGAGCGAACGGUGUCUGGUUCGCAUCAUCUACAGUGAGCCUACAAGCUUUCAAUAUCUAAUGCAGAUAUUUAUUUUUCAGUUUUUUAACAAUAAUAUUUGAUGUUUGAUGUGUGUUUUUCCCAUUAAUUUUAUCAGCUUUGCUGCUUAUAAAUUCUUUCUGUAUUAUUUUUGCCUCACACUUGAUUAAUCAGAUUACCACGAGAAAGUUUAUUUUCCCAAACAUAACGUGAAUAAACUGAAGUACGAGGA